AUGUUGUUGGCACAUUCGAUAAGCGUGCUACACCAGCAUCCGUACUGGACCUUGACGCUGGCAGCCCUGUUAUCGAUCCUCGUCAAGGCAGUAUACAACGUCUUUUUCCACCCACUCGCGCGCGUGCCGGGCCCGAUCUUGUGCAAGCUGUCCGGCCUUCCGAGCUUCUAUCACGCUGUCAAGGGCGACCACCACGUCUGGCUGUGGCAGCUCCACCAAGUCUACGGAACGCGGAUCCGCCCUCGUCCGGACAGAGUCUUGUUCAACGACCCGGCCGCGUACAACGACAUAUACAACGCCAAGGCCAAUGUCCAGAAGGCGCCCUCGUAUCGAGCCUAUAUCAACGGCAACACAGACGUCAACACCACAACGACAAUCGAAAAGGCCGCACAUACGAAGAAACGGCGUUUGUUGAAUCUCGCGUUCAAUGAAAAGUCGCUCCGCGCUGCGGCGGUCUUCAUCAUCAAGCAUGUCGACCGAUGGAACGAUCUGCUGAUGGACCGGAAGACGGACCACGACGGCUGGACCGAAGGUAUUGACUUUGCCGAUUGGACGGACAAGCUGGUGUUUGAUAUCAUGGCGGAUUUGUCCUUUGGUAAGCCCUUCGAUAUCAAGGAGCCAGGUGAGAAUUCGCUGAAGAGGAUGCCGCACAAUCUUGUCCAGUACAUGACAUACAUAUACCCGAUAAGCCGCAUACCCGUGUUCGAUCUGAUCCUGUGGCUCAAGCCACGCGGCCUGGAUGCCUUGCUUGCCAUGACGGCCCCGCCCGACAUCAAGGCAUACUUCAAAUUCGUCGCCGAAAGCGUCAACAGCCGCAUUGCCAAGCAAGAGGCUCUGCGCGAAAAGUCCGAGGGGGAACAAAGGCUGGACGUGUUCCACUUCCUGUACGAGGCCAUCGAUCCCGAAACUGGCGCUCGGGCGUACAAAGACUCGGAACUCCUCGGCGAGGCGAACCUGUUGAUCUUGGCCGGAACAGACACCACUUCCAUCACGCUCUGCGGCAUCUUCUUCUACCUGACCCACUAUCCGCACCAGUAUGCGAAGCUGGUGCAGGAGAUCCGGGAAACGUUCGGCUCGUACCACGACAUUGUCCAGGGCCAGCGCUUGUCGGAGUGUUCAUACUUGAGGGCUUGCAUUGACGAAAGCUUGCGUCUGACACCUGCUGCGCCGAGCGAGCUCCCCCGCGAAGUCUUACAAGGCGGUGCGAAAAUUGGCGACGAAUUCUACCCAGAGGGCGUCGUCGUCGGAACAGCAGACUGGGCCCAGUCUCGCGACGAAGCAAUAUGGGGUGACGCCCAUGUGUUUCGCCCCGAGCGUUGGCUCCCAGACGCUGCCGCGGGGAUUUCAGAGCAGGAUGUUGCGCAAUUGAAGAAGCAGUUCCACCCCUUCAGUCAAGGCCCGUACAAUUGUGUUGGGAAGAAUCUCGCGAUGCUGGAGUUGAUGAUAGUCGUGGCUCGUACAUUGCAUAGGUAUGACGUUCGACGUGUGGAAGGUGCCACCCUGGGUGAAGGACGGCCGGACCUUGGUUGGGGCCGACGGGACCGGAACCAGUUUCAACUUCGCGAUGCUUUCAUAUCCGUCCGCUACGGGCCUAUGGUGCAAUUCCGAAGCAGGACUUGA